AACAAGCUUAAUCUUCCACUCAAGUGUUUUAAUGGUCAUCAAGAUAAUAAGUGCGUGAAAACUGCUUCCGACACAGCUGAAAAGCAUAAUUGGAUCAGUCGCUUGGGGAGAGUGCUUCGGGCGAGAAGUGCGACAUGACGCAGGAAGGUGGUGAAAGUGAGCGGGGGCGCUUCAUUCCGGGCAAUCCCAGUCGCGCUGAGCAGCAGGAUGAGGUCCUGCCGCUGACCAAGGACACCACGUGUGGCCUGGGCCCGUUCAAGUGGCCAUUCCUCCAAAAAUUCGCAAACAAGAACGUCUAUGUGGUAAUCAGCGGUAUAUCAGGCGCCUUUUUCAUCAGUCGCUUCACAUACUUCUACGGCACAAUCUCGACGAUUGAGAAGAGAUUUAAGAUCCCCAGCCGAAACAUCGGUUAUCAGAACAUAGGUCAUGAAAUCGUACUGAUUGUCGUGGCAAUCUGCGUGACGUAUUUCGCUGGAAAGGGUCACAAGCCACGAUGGAUUGGCGUGGGAUUGCUGGCCACAACGCUUUCCUGCUUCCUCAUGGCCGUUCCGCACUUCAUCUACGGCGGAGGAAGCGCAGAAUCCUUCAGUGUGGAAUAUGGUUCAGAUCCCAGUCGAGACGAUGCGGCGGACAUUCUAGAGCGCGAGAAGAGGAAGGGAUUGUGCAACUCAGACGCGGAUUAUGCAGCGAAGUGUGACACAGACGAAGGACAUAUCGAGCCACAAAUAAUGUUUUUCAUUGCACAAAUGAUAGCUGGAAUUGGAUCCGCGCUGUUCUCAAGUCUCUCGACUAUUUAUAUGGACGACAAUGUCAAGAGGGAAAACACGCCGUUUCUGAUAAGCAUAAUGUAUUUCCUGGGCAUGACCGGUCCUUUGAUGGGAUACGCUCUGGCUGGCUUCUGUGUCAAGUUCUUCGUGGCGCCUUCACUCACGCCCACAAUCGAGGACUCGGAUCCUCGAUGGAUAGGCGCUUGGUGGAUGGGAUGGCUCGUGCUGAGCACUCUCAUGUGCAUGUUCUCGCUGUCCAUCUGCCUCUUUCCCAAAGUCCUGCCAGAUGCUGCCAGGCGGAAGCACUUGGCUAUGCUGCAGAGUCAGACGCAAGUGUCAGAAGACGUCAUGCCGGCCAGCAUCAGUGACUUCCUAAAGACUCUCAAGCGACUACUGACGAAUAAGAUCUACGUCAUGUAUCAAAUAUCCAGCCUGUUCAGCAUCUACGGCAUGGAGCCGUACUUGGUUUACACACCGAAAUACAUUGAGGCGCUGUAUCAGAAGACACCAACGGAGUCCAAUUUCUACACAGGCAGCAUUGGCUUCAUCUUCACGGGAAUUGGAACUGUAUUGUCUGGAGUUGUGGUGUCGCGCUUCAAGCCAAGUGCCAGGAAGAUAGUCAUUUGGAAUUGUGUGAUUAACUUCUGUGCCAUUCUCUGCAAUCUUACCUACACUCAGCUUAGUUGUCCGGCAAAAGAGGCGGCCUUGGCCUCCAUGAACACAGCCAGCAUGCCAACAUCUUGCAGUGAGAAUUGCCACUGUGACUUCGUUCAGUACGCACCGAUUUGUGGCGAGAAUCACCAGACGUACAUCUCUCCCUGUCACGCUGGAUGCACUGAUCGCGUGGAUCUAGAGAAUGCCACGAAAAUCUUCACGAAUUGCGCGUGCAUCGGUGGAGGAUCCGCGACAGAGGGCGCGUGUCCCAUCGACUGCCAGAAAGAGUUCACGACUUUUCUCGUGGUCAUGAGCUUCCUGCGCCUCAUGAUGGCCACAGGCUUUGCCUCAAACUUCCUGCUGAGCAUCCGAUGCGUGGCCGAUAAGGAUAAAACCUUCUCACUGGGCAUCUCAAUGGCCUUCUUCAGUGUCUUCGCCUUCAUUCCCAUUCCUGUAGUCUUUGGCGCCCUCGUCGACAGCACUUGCGAUCUCUGGGGCAAAACGUGCACAACAAGCGGCAAUUGUUGGCUGUACAACGGACCUUCACUUAGAUACUUCCUGAAUCUCUCGACAAGCUUCACCAAUACAAUGGCUUUGUGUCUCAGCAUGGUGAUUGCGUACUUUGUUAAGGAUCUUGCAAUUUUCGAUGAGGGUGUGAAGAAGAAUGAGAAGCCACAGGAAGAGCGUGAAAAAAUAGAAACAACAAAUCUCUAGGAAAAAAUGUUGUUUUUAUUGAUUCGAAGAUGCAAUAAUUCGUCGUUGUUUUACUUUCUUGUGGUAGAAUCUCACCAGGAGCACGAGUAAGAUCGACAGAAAGAAGAUGGUUAGGGGUAUUAAGAUCCAAAUCAUUAAAUUAAUUUGCUGUUCAGUAUUUUGGAUACAUUCGAAAGGACUUUCACAUGUUUCUAAACACAACUCUCUUUGUCCAUCAUGCAUAUGUAUUUCAAAUGAUUGUCUUGGGAUAUUAAGAAACUCAAUCUUUCUAAAUAUAUCAUUGAUCAAAUUAUAGAAUUCACCUCUAGAGCUAAGGAAAUAGGAUUCAGUUACCAGACGAUGACUCAAUAUAAUUCCUAUAUCAUAACGAUUGUCUGGCAGAUUCUCGCAACCAAUUAAUAUUGUUAAAUCUCUGUCAUAGUAGAAUAAAAUUACAUUCUGCAAAUUGUUAUCUCUGUUACAUUUCAUGUUUUGGAAAUCAUUAAAACUCAUAACUCUUCUUUUGUAAAACUCCGAAAUGGAUCCAUUUUCGACAAGUGUCACAAUUCGAGCUGAAUUCUUACAGUGAUGCUUAGGUGAAAUACCAGGUCUUACUAUGUAAAUAAAAUGGUUCCAGUCAUACACAAAUGUUGAAGUUUCCCAGCAAUAGAAGGAUCUUCCGUAGAAAUGUCGGAAAAAGUGAUUUUUGCGAGAAGCGAACGGCAACAGAGCCACUAAACUUCGUACGUUGAAUUCUUUAACAUAUUUCGCAUCAAUAUAACAACUUGAAUUAUCAAAAUGUGGACAAGAGCCUGAGAAUAUUUCAGAUGUCACACA